AUGUCUAAAUCCAGAACAUCGUGUCCGUUUUCUCUGUUUCCUGGUAUCCGGAUCCUCAGACAGGACCCUUGGGAAACUGUUGUGUCGUUCAUCUGUUCGUCCAAUAACAAUGUCAAGAGAAUCUCCAAGAUGUGCGAUACUUUAUGCACUGAGUUUGGUGAUUACAUUGGCGAAUAUAAGGACAUAAAAUACUAUUCCUUCCCUUCACCCGAACAAUUAUCGUCCUCACCUGGAAUCGAGCUGAGGCUAAGACUGUUGGGGUUCGGGUAUAGGGCAAAAUUCAUUUACCAAACAGCUCUAUUGUUUGAAGAUAAAAGCGUCCCGGAAAUCACAUUGGAAAGACUCCAUGAAAUGCGCCAGCUCGACUAUAAAAUGGCUCAUGAGUUCCUUCUUCAACUUAUGGGCGUUGGACCCAAAGUAGCCGAUUGCAUCUGUCUCAUGUCGUUAGAUAAGCAUGAUGUCGUCCCAAUAGAUACACACGUGUACCAGAUAGCUGUCCGAGACUUCAAGUAUAAGGGAAAACGGGAUAUGAAGACUCUUAACAAGCAAAUGCAUGAAGCUAUAGGGACAUUUUACAAAGAGAUAUUUGGUGAGUAUGCUGGUUGGGCCCAAUCGGUGUUAUUUGCUUCGGACUUGAGUGACUUAAAUAACGGAGUCAACGUCAAGACAGAACCAGCAAAUGAUAUAAAGAUUAUUGUUAAGACUGAGUCGGAGAGUAAAUCAGUGAAUAAAAGAAGAAAACGAGUGUGA